CUGCAGUUGAGAGACAUCCAGGUGCUGUGUCUGGUACUGAUGGUUGUGGCUGCACCGUUUCUUUGUUGCGCUGCUGCUGCGGCUGGUGGCAUGGUCCCCCGAACGAGAAUGGCCACGCCUGCAGCCGACGACGAUUCCUUGGUGACACUCACGAACUGCUUUCCCAGCGUUAUACUCAGUCCUUUCACCAUCCCAUACACCUGCGAAGUUAACGAUGCCCAAACACUGAGUGGCUUGGACCUCACUGUCUCGUGCUACAUUCCGGAUGUUCUCAAUUCCUUCUGGCCGGCGGCUCUUGAUGCGGGAACCAAUACCAUUACAUUCAAGCCUGGUAGUGGGACGACUUCAGGACGUUGGGAAUUGGUAUUCACAUCGUUUUCUGACGUUGAAGGAGAAUACGUUCCUCUGACGACCAAUAAGAGCAUGGACUUCAUGGACAUCCGUGCGACCCGUUCGAAUUUUGCUUCACUCUAUCCGUAUUACGGUAUGGGCGUAUCGUUGGCACCCAAUCUUCCGAGCGGCACCACGGCUUCCGACUACAUGCUGGUCCGCUCUUCCAAUGACUGCCGGUACACCACUACAACCUGCACCGACUCUGUUGGGUGCUACAGAAUUGUGCCACCCGCACAUCUUCCCCCUCCAGACAACUAUUGGCUCUGUCUGACGUCAAAUGGCUGGAAUGGCCAAUACCUUCCGUGGGAUUUGAAUUCUCUUGAGGUGAAGCUGCUGAUGGCCACACCGCUGUACUUGACAGCUGGUAAAGACAGAAGUGUCAUGCUGCAGGAUGCGGAAUCUGUGGUGACGAAGCUGAAGCGUGUGUUCCUGGUGC